AUCAUCGUUUUGAUUUGCACUCACAUUGCAGGCGCACAUUUGUUGGUCUGUUGGUAGGUUUCCUUGGCAUUCAGUUGCCUAUGUAUUGGUGUUUCAUAUAUUCAGGCAUAUAACAAUUAAGGCUCUUAUUUCUGUUAGCACUACCGUCCUCACUACACAGAAAAGUAAAAGAUGAUCCGAUAUAUGUAGUUUAUUAAGUAUUCCAAGUAAUUCCAACAAAAACUCCACUUUGACCAUCAUUUCGCUCCAUAAGAUAACCACUGAAGAAUAAUUCCAAGGCCGAAAACCCAGACAAGAUUAUAUUCUAACUUCGAGCCAAUCUCAUUUCAAAUGCUCCCCUUGUCGAUGUGACCUAAAUCCUUUCGGCGUCCAACUUCAGGAGGAGGCUUGGGAACCAUAUGUUUACCAACCGUCUUUCGUCUGGAACAGCUGUCCUUGAGUUAUGUUUCACAAUUCAUAGUUACUGCCACUGAUAUUCUUAUUUUAAUUAUCGACCUAUCUCUGUUCAAUUCAUCCUCUGUCAUCUUCGUUUAUCUGUUCUUUUUACCAUGUUCAUUUAUAUUUUCUGCCUAACUCGUUUAUCAUUGUUUCACUUUUAUCCAUUCUAACUUUAUAAAAUCGGUAUUAGAAUCAACCAAUAUUUGUUAACUUGAUGACUUCUAGUCCUAAUAACUUCAUGUAUGCUCAAGAAAUGUUUGUCUUCAAAUAACUGUUAAGUUCACAAGGAUUAAUUCGUUUGAGUAAUUAGUCGAAAAAUACAAAACUACUUAAAGGUUCGAAAGAUUAUUGUGACACCGAGAAGUUUAAUCAAGGUAAUCAGUUGGUUUGCACUAGUUUAUCAAAAAAUGCUGCAUUUCGGAGCUACAUAUCCCAAUUCGAGUGAUAUAGGUCUGUUUAAUCGUUACACAGCUUUCAUACUAAUUAGAGGAAACAUUUCUACAUUGUCUUUCAUCUCUCAGUUCCUUGAGAUCAGAUAUACAUCUACCCGUAGUUUCUGGAAUAACUAAUUUUAGUCUAGUUGUGUUGGGUAGAAACCUUUUGUGGCGAUCUCACCUGAGAUCCUUUUAGUAUGCUCAAAUUAUUAACAUGACAGUUACUAGUAACACCCGCAAUACAAUGUUUCCGGAAUAUAUGUAGUGCUGAUGAAUUCUUAAUCAAACAAGAGUUCCAGAACUUUCCUAAGGUCCAUUUUAGCUUCAAGUCAUCUGUUCGUAUCGCUAAUGAUUGAUUAGAAAGCUUAGAUUGUCGCAACCCACUUUUUUUCGGUACAUAUUGAGUCGAGCCUACCAGAAACCUUGCAUAGAUCACUUUCUUAUAGUGUUUGAAAAAAGAUACUACAUGAGAACCAGAUAAACAAGUAUAUUUUACUUGAUGCGUAUAAACAAACAAGACUGCCGUUUCCUUAUCCGUAUGCGCUUCCAGCACUUAGCAUUGUAAGCAUCUAAUAUCGUUUAGAUGUGUUAGUUUGUAACCAGAACUGUGAUUUACUGACGCAAAACUUUACAGCAGACGGCUAACCUGAAUGUUUCAUGUUUUUAAAUGAAACUUAAUUUGUGGCAAUAAUUAUCCCACUUAAAUGACACAUGUGUAUCACUGACGUUUGAUGGUUUUGUUUCAACGUAAAUGGUGGUAUAUUUAAUCCCCGAAGUCAUUUGGUUUUAUGUCACAGAAAUUUAUGUAAAUGCUCCUCUAUAAUCUGGAUUUUUCAAACCAUGAUGACUGAAAAAAAUCGAGAUGCAAAUUUAUCUGCUUCAGAGUCCUCUGACCACCAGGCAGAUUACGAUCACAGUACUAUUACAACAGCUGAUCAACCUGUAGAUGAUCUUGGCUCUUGUCUAGAUAGCAUUGUACGUAAAGCUGAUGGAAUGAGUGAUAGCGAUUUUGACGAACGAGAUGUUUCAGUAGAAGAUGAUGACAGUAUUCCUCCAGAGGAAGAUGCCGCUGACGAGGAAGAAGUAUCAAGUCUCAUGAAAGAAAGUCAAAUGUCAUUGGAUGAACUUCUAGCCACAUAUGGAAUUUCUUCAAGUGCUAGCGGCCACAACAAUGACACUACUACUUCAGUUGCCAGAGGUAAAUCUGGGCGUUUAAAAAGUAUUCGGCGCACUGUUCCUCCUUCAAGUAUAGCUUCAUUACAGGAAAUAUCAUUGCCUCCAGCUAAGAAGUUACGUCGUGCUGUUCACACAUCUGUCAGCUUAGAUAAUGGAAAUAAUGAUAUGUCAAAUGGAGAAAAUGUGCCAGCAUCAUCAUCAUCAACUGAUCUGUCAACAAUCCAUAGGUCAUCAGAUGUCGAUGCAUUGGUAGAUAAAAACAAAGCUGAUACAUCCUCAUUGGGUUGUCUCACUGUAUUACCACAUGCACAUUCAGUUCCUUGUUCACAUAGCGCUAGUCCAAUAUCUAUCGAUGUGUCAUGUUCCGAUCCGUCUUCAGCUGCUGCAACUCCUCCUAAACAUUCAAAACGAACUAACUCAGACGAUUCAAUUAUCAGUAGUAUUAGUAGUAGUAGUCAUAAAAACUCAUCACGUGGUCAUUUACUUCGAUCUCGUUCAAAAUCUAAUCUAACAACUACUGUUCCUACUACUUCUGAAUUAUUAUUAUUAGACAGUACAAUUUCGAAUGAAGAGAAUCCAUUAGAAAGAGAAGAUACAGAGGAUACAAGUGUAUCUAAUUUUGAUAUGGAUGUAGAAAAUGAAUUACAAAAGAAUGAAUUACAAACUAUUGAAGAUAAAUCUGAAAUGAAUGAUGAUUAUUCUUCACGUUUUUGGAAGAGUGCAAUUACUGGUCAAGAAACUCCACCUUCAUACAAUUCAGACGAAGACGAAGACUACUGUCCAAGUGAAGAUAGUGGUCGUGAUUGGAAAGGUGAAAUCAAAGUUGGUGAAGAGUAUCAAGCAAAUGUCCCAAUGCUUAUUGUAGCAUCAUCGAAUACAGAAGAAAAUCAAACAGAGGAAAAUUCAUCAUCAUCAUCGUAUUAUGGCGCUGAACGAAUAUUCAGAGAAUCUAGUCUAGUAUGGAAACCUUCAGAAAAAUUAUGUGAAGCUGAUGUAACACGUUUUGAACGAUCCUAUGCUCAAGUGGUCCUAUCAACAUUACCUAUGGAACGUACAAUUGAUGAUGAAGAGGCUUUGUUCUUGUUAAUGCGUUGUGAUUACGAUGUGGAUGAAGCAUUGCAACGACUACAAUUGAAAGCCGUAUCACCAGCUGCCGUUCCUGGCUACUUAGAUUCUUGGUCAGAAUCUGAUUGUACAGCAUUUGAGAAAAGUUUCGCUUUAUAUGGAAAAGAUUUUCGUCAAAUACGAGAGACACGACUUCGGCAUAAAACUAUAUCGGAACUGAUACAUUUUUAUUAUCUAUGGAAGAAGACAGCACGUCAUGAUGAGUUUGCACGUAUCUAUCGUAGAGAUAAGAAAAAAUCUUCACAUCCUAAUAUUGCUGAUUUUAUGGAUUGUUUGGCUAUGGAACAAGAAAUACUAGCAGAAUCCUAUGUACAAAAUGUUAGUGAUAUAACUCCGUCAACUACUGCUACUACUACUACUGCUACUACUAAUACAUCGAAUACAGAUAAUCAAUCUUCUUAUUAUGCUCAAAAAUCUGUUCAGCAUAAUAAUCAUAAUAAUAAUCAUAAUAACAGUUCAAUAAAAAGUGGUGAUUGUCGUCAAAUUGGCUCAUCAUCCAUGGAUUGUUGUAACAACAAUGGUCAAAAUAUCAGAGUAGUUUCAACCAAUGGUAAUGAAAUUGGCAUUUUGAAAAAUGUUAUCAAUCGAUCUACAACAGGUUUAACAGAUGAUGGAAUCAAUGAUCAUGAAAUCACCACCACUACUACUAGUAGUAGUAGUAGUACUGCUGUAUGCGCCUCAGAUGGUUCUGGAAAUCGAUGUAAAUUAAAGUCAAAUGGUGGUAAUGUGUUGAAUAAUACACCGAAUAAUAAUAAUAAUGAAACCAAUAAUUAUCAUGGAACUUAUUGUAUAAAACAAUCCGAUCAUAUGCCUAGCUCAUCAUCAUCAACACCAUCAUCAUCGACACGUUCUACACGUACAACACCGUCGACAACAACCACAACAACAUCAACAACUGUAACUGUUUAG